AUGACAAACGACUACAGCAAGAAGACCAAUGCCGAGCUGGUCGAGAUCCUCAAAUCCCGAUCGCUUCCCCACACUGGCAAGAAAGCCGACCUGGUCGCCCGCAUCCAGCAGGACGACGAGGCGAAGUCCGCGGAAGCUGCCCCAGCUCCAGCUACUGAGACCGCGAAACCCGACGCCGUCGCCGAGGAUGUCAUCGACUGGGAUGAUGAUGUUCCCGCUGAGACUGCGAAACCUUCCACAGAGGCUUCCGCGACUGCCAUUGCCGCUGGCGGCAAGGGUCCGGUGGCCAACCCCGUCGCUGUCCCGAAUCAAAAGCUCGACAUCGACCCCGCUACGACCAACGACUUGAAGGUGGAAUCGGCAGGCGGCGUCGAUACUGCGGCUGCACCCGAGGCUGAAACCGCGCCUGCUACAGAGGCCGAGAAGAAGCCGGCUGUGGAUUACACUCGUGGUCUUGCAGCUACCGACCUAGAGGCAGAAUUGGCAAAGCGCAAGAAGCGCGCUGAGAAGUUUGGCAUCGUUGAAGAUGAUGAGACUGCUCGGAAGGAGGCUCAGAAGCAGCUAGAGCGGGCAAAGCGCUUUGACACCGGCGGUGAAGCCCAAGCUAGUGCCAGUGUUAGUGUCAAGGGUCUUGACGAGGCUCUUCCCGACGAACGCUCUCGCAAGAGAGGCCGCAAUGAGCAGGGUGGUCGUGGAGGCAAGCGACGUGACGUUGGCCGGAACCGCAACCGCCGUGGAGAUGGUAACCAGAACCGCAAUGGUGGUGGAGAGAGCGCGAAUAGCGGGAAGAGUGGACAGAGCGGACAGAGCACGCAGCAGAAGAGCUGGGGUGAGAAGGACCGCCUGGCGAUGGAAGCUCGCAAGAAGCGUUUUACAGCCGCCAAUUAA